AUGAGGACAAAGAGGCGAGUUUUCUGCUAGAAAUGACUAUAAAUUAUUGCUCACCAUUCUAUUUUAUGUGCCGUGUUCGAAUUAACUUCCCGAAGUUUGAUUUUAACUUUAGCUCUCCAAAAUUUCGUUAAUUUUCUCGCUCUCUGACAGUGAUUUCUAAUUAUUUACUUCAAACAUUAAUUUUUCUCGCUUUAAUCUUUGUCGCGUUCAAUUAUUAAUCUUCCUAGUAAACAUUUUUAUCUUUUAAUUAAUUCUUUUCCAGGAUGCGAAACAUCUUCAUCGCAUUGUUAAUAUGUGCCACGACAUCAGCUUCUCCUGUAGAGGAAUUGAUCGGCACUCAGCAAUUCAUGCUCAUUUCGCAGUUCAAAUGUUUAACACUUUUUGAAACGCACGUUAUUCCGUCAUCGACUGUGAGAGGAAUGAGCUUUCCAAAAAGGUUUUCCGAUUCGUUCUUUUAGAAUCAAAAGUAAAUGUGUUCUUAUUUUUUCUCAGGACGGAUGCUGAUUGUAACCCUUUGAUGAGAACGCAUUUGAUUCGGGAUCCGACGGAAGUUCAUCCUCCAAGGCUUCUACUCGUCUGGCCGAAGGCGCGAAGAGUUCGCUUCCACAUUUUGGACUUUAAUGUUCGUUUUUGUACACUUUUUCGCAAAGUACUGCUUUUUCAAGGGUUUGAACAUCAAAAGGAACACCAGCGAGUCCUUCUUACUGGAGACCAACGACCUCUCCUCAAACGUUGGUCAGGGAGAUCUGUUUGACAUGGCUGAGGUUGGCUUGAAUUCCAUACAUGAAUUAUUUCUAACAGCUAACUAUUAGUAUUUAUUACUAUUAGGGAUCAAAAAAAUAAUUUUUUUAUGAAUUUUUUUUCAUGUAUAUUUAAAAAUUACAGCCUUACCGAAUGCAUACGGUCUUCGACUGGAUGAGCCGUGUGUUAUACGUCAUUUAUUAUCACCUGGAUGGGAGCCAAUAUAUGCGAGUCAUGCACUUCAAAGAUCCUUUCAAACGUUUCUGGACUCGAUUUUCCAUGAUGUAACAUUGACCAUUCAGCGCAUGACAUGCAUACGCGAAUAUUGCAUUCCGAGUUGGGAAACGUCGCGAAAAUGAAGGCUCAUCCGAACAAUGCGAUGCGCACCCAAUGGGCUGAAGAUCCGUAUGAUUCUAAGGUUUCGCCGCAUUAUUAUUUCAGCGACUUUGAUGAAGCUGUUGUUCAGGUUUACUACGUCACUCAGAAGGAUGACACAACGACCCUCUACGUCAGCCCCAUCUCAAAAAUGUUCACCCUUGUUUUGGACGGAGAGAAUGGAAAUCUUGUCGGAACGUUGAGAGGAACUCCCUUUGUAGCGUUAGUUUCGCAAUAUUGAAAUAUCUUGGGAAAGUCGGAAUGGUUAAUAAUGACCUCUAAAAGGGGGAGGCUCAAACAGGGCAGUAAAAAGAGUCUCAGUCUUCCAUUUUUCUAUAAUUUUUAGGCUCAACAAAUGAAAAGAGGGGAGGCAGGAAAAUUGGUGCAUAAGAGCCGAUGAAAUGGCGCAAAAAGGCAGCAGAAAAGGAACAUUUUAGGAGCUUUUUUCCACCCUAAACGACUUUGUUUGUGUAUGCAAUUUUUCGCUGGACUUUUUCUGCGUUUCUAAAAAAAAAGUCAAAAAUAAAAGACCCCUCAUGUGAAUAUUUAUGGUUCAUAAAAUGCUUGAUUGUGACAUUUUUCAAUGAUUUCUCUCUAAUAUCCAAAAAGAAGAGGUUUAGAGUUCUCUGCAAUGUUUUGUAAAAUGAAUAGACCUGAAACUCCAAUUUUCAGUGUUUCCGGUGGAUUGCUUUUCGUCCGCUUCUUGGAAGACUUGGGAAACGUCAAACGCAUCUCGUCUUCAGUGCGGUGAGCAUUAUUGAUUUUUAGGGGAAAAUGAGUGGAAUUUUCAGAUCAGUCGAUCAAAACGAGACUUCAUUCGGAUACAAUUUCGUGAUGCAGUUUGAUUAUCCAUUGCCGCUUCCCGCCAUCAUGUCAACUAUCAUCGUGAAGUAUCUUACCUCAAUCAUUAUUUUGAAAAAGAAUUCUAUACAAGUUGUGCUAUUUUUUUCUAUUGAAAAGUCUCUACUUGGGAGUUUGAAACUUUUUCGAAAAUCGCAAAAGUUUGUGAAAUUGAGGAAAAAGUAGUAUGAAACGCCCUUUUUUUCCAACCUAGCCUAAGCCCAAGAACAUAUUUGCGCCUAAAGUCAGUUUUCAUGCAAAGUGAUCUCCGCGAAAUUCAAAAUCGAUUCUGACUCUCCAAAAUUUAGUUAUCAUUUUCACUCUCUGAUAGAUAUUUUCGAUUUCGCGGAACCAAUUUAGACAAAUAUCUAGCGGAACUCUGAAGGUAAUGAAAACCACAAAAUUUUUAAUAUUGAGAUAACUCCGGCAAAAUAGGAAUGGUGGAUAAUGGCCGCUAAGAGGGAGAGGCUCAAAAAGGCCACAGGAAGGUAGCAAAAUGGUGCUUAAGAAUUGGUGCAAAAAGGCCACAAAAAGGAGCAUUUGUCACCUUUUAAGGAACGUUUCUAUGGAUCCUUUUCCACCUUUUCCGACUUUGCCUAGGAAGUAUGAUAUUUUGAGCCAUGUUCUAUCGAAAAAUCAGACCCAGUCUUAUGAACUCUGAAAAGCUGUUUUACAGAAGCUCAUCCAAUUUUUAUUUUUUAUUAUUGUUUUUUUUAACCGAAUCCAGUUAAAAAUUGGCUAUCUAACAAAAAUUAAUGCAUUUUCACACGCACUUGCGCUACUUUUUUCCAUGACGGUUUUUGUAGGAAUUGGGAUUACUGUAUGUUCCGCGACGGAAGUUCGGCUAGGAAGGAAAUUUGCGAUGCCGAGAAGCUGGAGUGGAUGCGCAGCAAAGGAAUGAUUGUAAGAGAGUCACGAUAAACAUUAGGAAAAAAAAGUUAAAUAUGCAGGUCGAAGACUCGCCGAUAGACAUCGUCAAGUGGCUGCUGGUCGCCGUCGUCAUUUUGUCUUUCGUAAGUCGAUUUUCACCCAAAGUUCGAUUUUUUUGGGAAAAAGUGAUAAGAAGUUUCAAAAAGUAUCGAGAUGAAACUUUCAGGGUGAUCUUUAAGAAGAGGAGGAAGGUUGAAAACUAAUCUCUUUUUGGAAUUUUCCGAUUCAUAAGUUUUACAAGCCAGAAAACUUGAAAAUCAUGUUAUUAUGCCGCCACGGCGUUCGCAAACGGAGUUGGGAGACGUCAAGAAAUAUUUGGUGCGAAAAUUGAAAUCUCAAGUAUAGCUGAUUCACGGCUGGCUUGAGCCAUCGAAAAAAGGGUCCUGACACGAUAAUUCACGAGAUAGUGCCUGGUUCGUGGAGAGCGCAGGCAGGCCCGCCCUCUUAACGUCCCAAGCUAGCCGUGAAUCAGCCAUACAAAGCCAAAGGCGAUCGAAAAAACAAGUAACGUUGAAUACUCAGUGUAACUUCUGGCGUAAAAUGACGUCAUUUUAUCUGGAGCGCGCACUUUUUUUUUUGUAAAUUCAGAAAAUUUGACAACUUCCCUCACCCUAUUAAGAAUGCUGAGAAGUGUGAGGAAGUUUGGUGAAUUAGGUUGAAAAUGUUACUUAAGACUACUUAGCAGCACUAGAAAGAUCCCUUGAACCCGGCAUUAGGUAGAAUAGGUGUUGCAGCUGAUCGUCUUGCUCUUCGUGUACAUCUACUGGCUUCGCUCGACUUUCGCAACGGCCGACGACCGCUGUACUCGCAAUUCCGAAGUUUGUUUCAUUUUUCAACUUGAAUCUUAUCGAUUCAUUCAUUACUUGCAGUUUCACGAGGAGGCCUCCGUCUUCAUCUCGAAGCAAAGAAGCUUCCCGACGGCCUACGACCCCAACAGCGCCGACAUUUCCGUUGACCGUUGGAAAUAA